AGCGUGCAUUACGCGCUUCACAUCACCGGUGCACAACAACAGUAUCAAAACUGCAGAGCGAAGCUAUCACUUGUGCUGUCGUUGCCAUACAGUCUCGUAUCAUUAUUUUCUUCCUCCUUCCUCCUUCCGCUCUUUUUGUGUUUUACUCUCGUACAUCCUUUAUCGUUUUACGCCGUUGUAAUGUCAAGUGUGGGAAUGCUUGACUACAGCCCAGGCGAGGGGCCUCGCCCCGCGUCGUCUCCCACCUGCAACACGGCCCUACGCCCUCAUCCGCCCAAGGGCGACUCCAACGUGGACAUCAGCCCUGCCAGACCACACACCGUCUCCUCUGCCUCCUCGGCAGGUGUCCCCGCAGAGAAGGCGAAGAAGAAAAAGCGAGUGAACUGCAACGUACAGCCUUUCAACUCCUGCCGCUCCGCCGAGGAGGAGUUAGCGGCGCUGAGGGAGAAGAUAUCUGCCUGGAAGGAAAAGCGGCUCGCGGAAGUGCAGGAGGAGUUGAAGCUAAAGGGAACGACGGGUGUGGCGCAGGUGGAGGCAGCGAUGGAGAGCCGCAUUCAGCAGCGGCGAGCGGCGGAGCGGGAGCGGGCGGGGCAGCGGCUGGGACAGUUACUCGAUACGCUCGGCCCGCGCAUGGAGCAGUGCAUUCAGCGUGUUUCCGCAUCCUCCUGUGCUGAAAGCGAUCAAGAAUCCGAGCCGAUUGAGGUGGCCCGUGACGAGCCUGCGGUUGCCGCGUUGCCGACGAAGGCACCACUGCCUCCGGAUUCCCCCCCGCCUCAGGCGCUUGUUGCGUGCGAGCGACAGCACUUGAUUGGCUACCUGCAACUCUCGGUAGAGGAACGAGACGCACGCAACAGCAUUAAGGAGUACCAUCAAUUUGUCAAGGAGGUGUCACAGCUUGUGGCCGACGAAGAGGAGUUCCGUUGCUCUUUCAAGGAAUGGGAAGACUCGUGGUACAAGCGCCUCGUGGAGACCGCCGCAUCGAACACGGCUGUUGAGUAG